AUGUAAUUGAAUUCCAAUUUACUGGAGUUAGUGAUUUUGUAUAAAUCUGUUGUUCUCAUACUUUAGAUUUAUAAAAAUCUUGUGCAUGUUUAGGAAUCAGAGUUAUCAAUAACUGUCCAUUUAAUAUAGAGAAUUUAAGAAUCAAAAUAUUAUUAGAUAAAAAUUCUUUUUAUCCAAAAUAAUUAUAAAUUAAUUGAAGAGUUACAAUGUAAUUAAGAAAAUAUAAUUAUUUUAUGUAGUUAAAGUAAAUCCAAAGCUCUUUAUUCGUUUUCUAAUAUUGCAAGAUAUUAAAAUGAAUCUUUAUAAUAAUUUGCUAUCAGACCAUAUAACAUCAAAAUUAGGUUUGUUGGAAGUAUAAUUUAUAUGCUAUCUCAAUUAAAUAUCAUAAGAGCUACAUAGAAAGUUUUUAGAGAAAAUUCAUAAAUUUCUAUUUGA